CAGCCGCCGACCAAUAACCCGUCUGUCUGGGCAGAGACCAAGGGGAUGAGCGCUCGCCGAGGCCCAAUCAGCGCUUUUGUGUUGCCUGCCGGUGCCGGGGACUGGUCGUGAAGAGCUACAGCAGCGCUUCAGGAUCGGAGAGUGAACCCGGAGCCAGAGGAACCUGAAGGGUAAAGGCGAGUCAGGAUGGAGCGGAUGUCUGAGGAGGCGUUGAGGCUGAACCUGCUGAAGCGGGGUCUGGAGGCGCCGGAUGAGCGGGAGGAGGCCAAGCGCCUUAAGAUGGACGGUCACGAGGCUAUGGAGAGGCUGAAGAUGCUCGCCCUCCUCAAACGUAAGGAUCUUGCCGCUUUGGAGGGGGCGGCUGUUGCGGCGGCCAUGGCAGAGGGCAAAGGGCCCUGUGGAAGCCAAGGGCUGAUGGGAGCUGUGGCCUAUGAGGAGAAGAUGAAUGGAAGUUUGAGAGUCGGGGGCCACGGAGGUCCCAGCAAGAACGGGAAAGAAAACAUAGUGGACGAGCCAGUUGACAUGAGUGCCAGAAGGAGUGAAAUGGUCAGAGAGCGACGCACUCCGUCACCAGAUGUCAUAAUUUUAUCAGACAAUGAGGCGUCCAGCCCACGAAGCACACCUCAUCCUGAGGAGAAACAGCACCAGGCCAACCUAGAGAUGUUUAAGGGGAAAACCGGCGAGGAGCGGCAGCAGAUGAUCAAAGCUCUCCGAGAGGAGCUCCGACUGGAGGAGGCCAAGCUGGUGCUCCUGAAGAAACUCAGACAGAGCCAAAUGCAGAAGGAGAACGUGGUGCAAAAGGUGCCGGUGGUCCAGAAUGCCCCGUCGUCAGUGCAGCCGUCACCCAUGCACAGCUCUCAGGGGCUCGGGAAGCUCCCAGUGCGGCCCGGCAUGCACUCGUCUGAGCCUCAGAACCUGCGCACUGCACAGGGCCACACAGUAAUCAGGUCUGCUGCCAAUGCAUCUUUGCCCCCCAUGAUGAUGUCACAGCGGGUUAUCGCACCCAAUCCUGCCCAGCUUCAGGGUCAGAGAUUGCCCUCCAAGCCUGGCAUGGGCCGCUCCUCCACAGGUGGUCUGGGUAAUGCAGUGAGUUAUCAGCAGGCUGCCAGCCAGCAGGUGGGGGUCUCGCAGCGCUCCGGCUCGUCCUCUGCCAUCUACAUGAAUCUGGCACACAUGCAGGCGGCAGGAGCGGCUGGUGUCGGAGUGGGCGUCAGCGGGGUUGGUGCCGUCAGCCCCUCCACCCUUUCCAGCGCCUCCAGCGUGGCUUCUCUGAACGACCAGGCCAGUAGCCAAGCAGCCGCUAAGCUUGCCCUGCGCAAACAACUGGAGAAGACCCUGCUGGAGAUCCCUCCACCCAAACCUCCAGCGCCCCUGCUGCACUUCCUGCCCUCCGCCGCCAACUCCGAGUUCAUCUACAUGGUGGGCCUGGAGGAGGUGGUGCAGAGCGUCAUUGAUAGUCAGGGUAAAAUGCGGGGGUCACUGCCACACGUGGAGCCAUUCUUCUGUGCCCAGUGCAGGACUGACUUCACCCCUCACUGGAAGCAGGAGAAAAGUGGCCGCAUCCUCUGUGAGCAGUGCAUGACGUCCAAUCAGAAGAAGGCCUUGAAGGCCGAGCACACCAACAGGCUGAAGAACGCUUUCGUUAAGGCUCUACAGCAAGAACAGGAGAUCGAGCAGCGGUUGCAGCAGCAGGCGGCUCUGUCCCCCAGCUCCGGCCAGACUGUGCCCAGCGUGAGCAAAGGAGAAACCAUGAUCCGACACCAUGCCCUCCGACAGACUCCACAGCCACAGGCAGCUCUACAGCGGGGUCUGUCCAGCUCCGCACGAGGGGUUCUCUCUAACUUCGCCCAGGCCUCCCAGCUCUCGGUGGCCAGUGGGCUGCUGGGAAUGACGAGCAAGCGCUGUGGCAGCAGCAGUUCCAGCGGCAGCAGCACCAGCAGCAGUCGACCCCAGCACGACAGCCGCAGGCAGAUCUACAACAUCCCUGGUCUGAAUAUUGCCUAUCUAAAUCCGGGAGCCAUCGGGGGCCACAAGGCAUCCAGCCUAGCGGACCGUCAGCGGGAGUAUCUGCUCGACAUGAUUCCCCCACGCUCCAUAUCCCAGUCCAUCACCGGGCAGAAAUGAGGCCUGACGGGACUGCAGAUCCCCCCCACCCCCUCCUCCGGACGCCCCACCACUCCUCUGUUCUACAUCAGAACAUCCCCGUCCCCCAAAAACACAUCCACACGCACACCAUCACCCCAUCGCAUGCAGUGCCUGUCCGUGUGCCUACCCAACUAACCCAUAAGAACAGCUCAAUCAGUCAGACUAUAAACACCAGACUGUCCGUGCAUCUCAAACUUCGGUUUCCUACUAUAGCAAAGCUCUUUAUUGUUAUCUCGACUUAUUAUUGCUGUUGUUAUUGCUACUUCGAUUAUUAUCACAGUUAUUAUUAUUAUUAUUAGUAUUAUUAUUGUUGUUUCUGUUACAGUUACUCUUAUUACACUUAUUAGUAGGUUUUAGUAGCUUUUUAAGUUCUUAUGUUUUCUUUUCAGAGGGAGGAUGCCAGAUUGCAGGGUCACUCGAAAAUAUCGAAGCUCGUUUCUUUUGGUUCAUUUCGAAGCUUCCUCCCUCCCGUCGCCCCCUGUAAAAUUCGACUCUCACGUUGUGUUUGUUCAGUUUCAGAGUGGGAAUGGUUGAAGCAUUCCUGAGAGAGAUGAAUCUUUGUAGUGUCGCACGUUGGGAAAGUCCUCCGAGAACCUUGUGGUUCAGAAAGAGCGAGACAGACUCAUGUACAUUGAUCAGAUUGAUCCUUACGCAGAGAUUGUCGACACGCUGAAACGGAGCCUGCGCGAGCACGGAAGAGUGCUGUCGAAUGUACUGAGAGAAACUGUAGAGUUGGAGGUCCGUGAACUGGAUCUCUCAAGCGUCUCUCAAUGCCUUCACUUUCACAGGAUGCAGUGAUUUUUGUGGCGACGUUGUGUUUUCACUGCACGGUGAAUGGAGAAUGAAGCCGGAGAGCUCCAUCUUCAUGAACUUUGAGAUUUUGGUUUUCUGCUUGUGUGUUUUUUGCGUCCCCCUCCUCUCCUUUUGUCUAUAUGAGUUUGUUUUUUUAUUUUCGUCAGGCGGCGUCUUCAUCUGAAAUGGCUAUGUAUCUUAAAGGUACCCGCCAUGGGAGACGAUAAUCAUUGAAAUGGCAAAUGAGUGGAAUUAUUGGAGGGAAAAAAAACGGUUUAUGCGUAGAUUAUUGUUGUUGACGUGAGUUUUAACAGAAGGCAUUGACAAGGAUCAAUCAUCGUGUUAAAGCAAUGCACAUGAGAUGCCUCGUUGUGGAGGAGCACUUUUCUUCUUAAUAAUUAACGAAAAAAAAAACAAGGUUAAACAAAGAGGACGAGAAUGUUUCAGCUAGGUAUGGAUGCCAUCCGAUGUCUCGGAGAGAGCUGGGAGAAAGACAUUUUUUGCGCGAUGUGUGAUGCAUUUCGACCACCACGUUGAUGUUUUUUCAAUUUAUGGUACAUUUGUUUAUGUUUCACUUGCAUUUCUGAAGGCUUUGAAUGGAGACGAUAUAAGCAGUGUUUAGUCAAUAUGCAGUAUUAGGGAUUUUGGUUUUUCAGGAUGGAUUUGCAUUCUGGUGGGAUAAUAGUCUUGGUCAUAUUGAGGGAUAAUACGUGACAAAAGAUUUACUAAACACUUAUGUUUAUGUUUUGCAUAUAGGCAACAUUGUUGUCAUAACAAUACUUGUUAACAUGGAUUUGCGAAAAAGACUAAAAAUGUAUUAUUCAUGUCAGGCCAGUAGGUGGCGAAAUCACUUUGCGAAGAAACACUGUAUGUGCAUAUGCACUAUUGUGCAGUAUCGUUCAUUGUUUUUGGUUUUUCAAGAAUUCACUUAUGUCUA